ACGUUGCCAAACAGACAGCAGAGUGGUCGAGUCAAACCCUCAUUCAUUUCUUUUGGAAAAGAAACAGCAGAUCUGAGCCAUGUCUGGACUGAACGCAUCUCUCGGAUACUUCAUGGCUGCUGUCAUUUUUGCAGCCUUGGUCCGAACACUCCUUAAAAAAUGGCCACGGUUUAGCUUCAUUUUGGAGUUUGCUUCCUCUUUCACACUGGUGGCAUGUCGGCUGGAGGUGCAGACCGUUAUGGAUGUGGGCGAGUGGGCCGGGGGCUUAGGUCCUGAUGUGACUUUUACCAUACUGUUUGUGGUGCUGCUGACCCACGGUGUGAUCUGUGGUGAUGCGUCAGGGAAUCCCACCCUGGUUGUGCUGAAGUUCCUGCAGCUGGAGGCCACCACCCUGCCCACUCUCCUUGCUGUCGCAGCCCAGUUUCUUGGGGCCCAUCUGGCCAUUCUUGUAGCUUUAUACUACUGGAGUCUGGAGCUGACAGACAUGCACAUGAUCAAAAAUCUGAUGUCUACAGAGUGCAGCACAUCUCUGCUGGUCUCUGUGCUUCACGGGUUCUUCACCGAGUGCAUAUGCGCGUUCUUCUUUCAUCUAGUCCUUCUAAACCUGCGACGCAGACCUGCUCUGAUCCGAGUGCCCCUAAUCGCUGUCCUCCUCACUUUCCUGUCCUAUACAGCCAGAGGAUACACCUCAGCCUACAUGAAUCCCUCCUUGUCAUAUGGCCUCACCUUCCACUGUCCUGGAUUUACCAUCACAGAGUACGCAGUGGUCUACUGGCUGGGCUCUCUCACAGGCAUGGCUCUGGCCCUUGUCUUGUACAUGGGCCAUAUUCCAAGGAUCUUUGCCAAGAACCUAAUCUAUUCUCAGAAGACACGUUCUCGACUGCCAAAGGGGGACAAAGGAGAAAAGAAAAUAUGAAACUACACUUUAUUUUUUUUAACCCUCCUGUUGUCCUCGGGUCGAAUUUGACCCAUUUUCUAAAAGUUUCUAUAUCAGAAAUUUGGGUUUCCAUCAACCAAAUUGUCCAAAGAAAGAACUUAGAUGGUUCCAUACGAUGCUCCUCACAAGUAAAAUAAAUGAUCAGUUCACUACUUUCA